CAGCGCAAAGCUGAUAAGUGGAACAUACGCUCCAGCAUCUUGCUAUUUUGUAGUGAACUCUCUACCAGAUCGGACCAUUCAUUCAGGGAAAGAACCGUCGCAAGUCUCUGCAGCCAGGAUCGAACUCGCUAUCGUAAUCCUCGCGGGAAGUAAGCUGCAAUUUCGUUCACAUUUGUUCAUAUUUCAGCAACAUGGCGCCGAAUUUAUUCGGUAAUUCAGCAACUUUAUUCCUCGAAGCUUCCCAGCAAGAUGUAUCGCAGAAGAAAAACGCGACAGAGAAAACAACAACGCAAAAACUGUCACUGCAAAAGAUACAAAACUCAAAACCUAAAUAUCAAUGGAAGAUCGUUUGGAGAAACGUGAUAGCUUUUCUUUAUCUUCAUAUCGGUGCGCUAUACGGAUUGUAUAUUUUAAUUGUGGCUGCCAAAGGUUACACAUUUCUAUGGGCUAUCAUAGUCGCGCUUCUCGCAGCUAUUGGUGUUACAGGAGGUGCGCACAGAUUAUGGGCACAUCGGUCUUAUAAAGCAAAAUGGCCAAUGAGAGUCAUUCUUAUGAUUUUUCAGACAAUGGCUUUUCAAAAUCACAUUUAUGAGUGGGUGAGGGAUCAUAGAGUUCACCAUAAAUUCACAGAUACGGACGCCGAUCCGCAUAAUGCGCAGAGAGGUUUCUUUUUUUCGCAUAUGGGUUGGCUUAUGGUUCGCAAACAUCCGGAUGUCAUUAAUAAGGGUGCCACAGUCGACAUGAGCGAUCUCGAGAAGGAUCCCGUUGUCGUAUGGCAACGUAGACUGUAUAUUGUCCUGAUGCCGCUCUUCUGCUUCCUAUUGCCCACCUGGGUGCCGUGCCACUUCUGGAACGAGAAACCUAUGUAUGCGUGGUACGCUACCCUCUUUAGAUACACACUUUCGUUGAACCUGACUUGGCUGGUGAAUUCUGCAGCUCACAUCUGGGGCAUGAAACCGUAUGACAACACCAUCAGUCCCACCGACAGCAUCAGCGUCGGUAUCAGCGCCAUGGGUGAAGGUUGGCAUAAUUAUCAUCAUGUUUUCCCAUGGGAUUACAAAGCUGCUGAACUGGGUAACUAUCGCACCAAUUUUACUACUGCCAUCAUCGACUUCUUUGCCUGGAUUGGCUGGGCAUACGAUUUGAAAACCGUAUCGUACACUAUGGUGAAGAAACGCGCUGCCAGAACAGGUGAUGGUUCGAGGUAUGAGCGAACAACUGACCAUCACAAUACACAUCAUCAUACGGACGAUGGUCCUGCUAUAUGGGGUUGGGGAGAUACCGAUAUGGCUGCUGAAGACAUACAAAAAGUCGAGAUAAUCAACAAGAGCGAUUAGUUA